AUGGCGUUCAGGUUGGUUUCCCUGGCGUUGCUGGGACUCGCCCACCUUACGUACAGCCACCCGGUCACCACGCUGGAAGACCUGGAGUUCACUGAUGAUGCACAGUCCGUAGGGUCCUACAUACGAGAAGUUCGAGCGGCACCGCCGGACUACCAUCACACUUACGAGAACGACGGCGACGGCGAAAUAGGAUACUCCAGAAAGAAGAACGGAGGAGGAAAGAAAGGGUACCAGCACUUCGACUCUUACCACAAGAAGGCUGGAGACAACUACGAGUUCGAGAAACAAGACUCCUUCGGGAAAGACGGGGAUGAUGAAGAAGGGGCUUACAGCAACGUACACGAGAAUAAAGAGAAGAACAAGAAGAAGCCGGUCCCUGAGAAGUACACGGCUGAAUCAUCAGGCUCGGUGGAGGAGGAAGAAGCUUCUUCUGCUGAAGGUGAAGGGGCCAGCUCUGAACACGACCACUCAGAAUUGAGGGAGGGCGAGAGUGACGGCAACGGAGGCAAAGAGUCGUAUGGACACGAGAAGGCUGACUACGUGCUGCCGACACAGUACACCUACGGAGAAGGGGAUGAGUACAACUUCUAGAACCUUCUAGACUUCAUAAUGAUUAUGAGACGUGGUGUGUAAAAGGCUGUUCCACA